UUUUGCAUCUUAUUUCUUAAUUGAAUGUGUUUAUCGCCCUCGUAAUGUAAUACCCGGUGCCAAAAAUUAAUGUUUGCUUUGCAGCGAACAGUCUUUUCUUCUCCACUUAAAACGCUGUGUAGAAACAGUGACUGAUUGAACUUCUGUCAUUAGCAAAUUUUAAUACCUAUAAUUCGAGUACUGAUAAAAAUACAUGCGAUUUGGACUUCCUAAAAAGUGCUGGCUGCUUGUGGACACAUAACACCUUCUCUUUUAUCAUGCACUUGGUCCCGGGUUCGAGUAGCUAUGUUGCGUAUUUUCGAUGCCAUCAAGUACUGGGUUGAAGCCGUCCACUGUGAAAUUCAUCGUCCAUCCCGUUCUCGCCAACGUAUUUCUGGUGAGACCAUGGGCUGCUCCCAAUAUCUCUUACAUUUCUCUCGCAUUUUUGGAAAGGCUUGGUAG